AUGGAUUCAUACACUCCACGGACCCUGGGUCACCCAGGAGGCCGUAAAAAGACCAUCGGGCUUUCGAAGAAGGAGUAUACGAAGAUUACAGGUACAAUUGCUUCGGUGCGCCGAAAUCGACACGAUGAUGCCGGUGCACUAAGUGACCACGAUGACUACAAUGAUUUGGAUAGUAAUCAGGGUGCAGGCGGAAACUUGGAGAGAGCCACUGGAUCGGCAGCGAAGAGUAGUACCCGUAGAUCGCAUACGCAUGGUUAUGCGAAGCAGACGCGUCCAUCCCUCCAACCCGACUCCUCCUUCAUCGCUGAAACUUCCUUUGUUCGCGCUCCGCUCAAUUCACGCGUUGUGUCAUCGUCAUCAGCCGUGUUUCCUAACCAUACUGAAGACAGUUCUGCAAACGGAGGUACAUAUGGUAGUGCUCGCACUGGAAGUGCGAAGGGGAAGGGCAAACAACAUAACGGAAAAAUGGUGUCAAGGGAACCGCUUGACAGAUUUCCACUAGAUAUACAAGAGGCAAUGAUUUUGGAGGACUUACUUUUUGUGUUAAUGGGUAUUGAAGGGACUUACAUAACUUAUCACUCUGAAUACUCCCCGGAGGACGACGAUCCAUUGCUAGGGAUUCGGUUUGUUGUUGCCCCGACUCUCGAUUCGUCUUUGGGAGAUCUGGUGGAACGAAUUAUCCCAUUGGGGAUGUACUAUACCGCCAUUCAUGCGUUCAUUGAGCAAAGGAGUCAUUUGGACUUCGGACUUGUGAACCACGCACUCUGCGCGGCCAUAAGGGAGAUGUUGCGAGAUUAUCAAACACUGCUAUCCCAACUCGAACAUGCAUUCAAUACUUCGCCAUCAUUUUCAUUGCAGAAACUCUGGUUUUACGUGCACCCAACCGUGCACACUCUUUCUUUGAUAUACCAGUUGAUCCUGGAACUGGCCACUGCAGACGGUAGCGAGGACAACACAUCAGAGUCCUCAUCGACUUCAGAAGACGAAGAAGAAGCGGCACGCAACGAAGCCCUUGGACUUGGCGGAGCGAAGCUGAAAGCAGUACUCUCUGAGAUAAACCAAGGAGGCGCUGAUGUGUCGAGCAGCGGGAUUGCUGUGAAGGGCGGUGAGGUACUCGCAAUCAUCUACGAGAGAAUGCAAAACAUGAGUGGGGACCCAACCGCAUGCGAAAUAUAUGGCAAGCUGCUGCGCGAGGCGGAGAAGCCGUAUGUAGAGAUGAUCCGCGACUGGGUCAGUUGUGGGCGUCUGGUGGACAAGUAUGAGGAGAUGAUGGUCAAGGAGAGCAAAUUCAUCGACCGUGGAAUUUUGGACGUUGAUUACACCGAUGAAUAUUGGGAGAGACGCUACACACUGCGGGAUGGGUCGAUCUCACCGGGGUCAAGCAAAAGACACCAGGCUGGCAUACCCAUGCCGCGGAGUGUGGGGGGAAGGAUGCCUGGCGGUGCUUGUGUACCGCCCUUAUUGGAGAGUUGGAAACAUAAGGUCCUGCUGGCUGGGAAGUACUUGAAUGUAAUCAGGGAGUGUGGGAUCGAGCUGCAGAUCGACAAACGAUAUUCCAACCACGUGUCGAUGGACGAUGAAAAGUUCUACACAUUCAUACAGGAAGCAUAUUCCAAUGCAAACCGUACUCUGCUCCAGCUACUCAUCAAAGACCAGCAGCUCAUCCCCCGAUUACGUUCAUUCAAGCGUUUCUUCUUUCUGUCCCAGUCGUCUUUCCUUACUCACUUCCUCGACCUCGCCGCCACCGAACUGCGAAAACCGUCUAAAGCUGUGUCUACUGUCAAGCUGCAAAGUCUUUUGGAGCUUUCGUUAAACACCGACGAUGCUCUGUUGGGAGAUGAUGCCCUAUUCAGGGAUGAUCUAAGGGUCGUUAUGGCGGACAGUGGGCUAUACGACUUUUUGCUCAAGGUUGUUACAGUUACAGGUGUCAUUAAAACUGAGGAUGCAGAAGAGAAGGAACCUGUCAAAGAGAAAGAGGACAAAAAAGCUAUGCAAGUCAUUGAAGCACUGGCGUUCGACUACUCUGUUAAGUUCCCACUUUCCCUUGUAAUAUCACGCAAGACGAUUCUGCGCUACCAGCUUCUCUUUCGUUUUCUUCUCCACCUUAAACAUGUUGAACAAGCACUUUCCGCUAUGUGGAUCGAACAGAAGUCGUAUCCAUGGCGCACUUCUCUGGCUCGCUUCUCUUUCAUGUCGAACGUGUCCUCUCCUUCACAAACAUCGUUGGGUGUUGGCACUUCUUCACGAACAUAUUCGAAUCCAUCUAGCUCGAGUCCAUCUAACAAUAACGCACACGGAAACCCCCGGUCCGCCACACCGAGCGGCACUCCUACAACAUUUUCCGGCCCGACCUCUGCCACGACACCAGCUCCGACUGUUCAGCAGUCUUUCCCUUCAGAAUUUCAUGAGUGGCGGCUACGGGUGUGCAUCCUCCGUGCGCGCAUGUUGGCCGUGAUCCAACAAAUUUUGGCAUUUAUUACCUUCGAAGUGCUGGACCCUAACUGGAGGGCGUUGGAGAGAAAACUUGAACAUGUUGAGACAGUUGAUCAGUUAUUGCGGGAUCAUGUCGACUUUUUGGAUACGUGUUUGAAGGAGAGUAUGUUGACAAGUUCUAAAUUAUUGAAGGCAUGCAAUAAACUUAUUGUAGUGUGUCAGACGUUCGCAUUGUACUCGGCAUCCUUCACCAAGUCUGUAAAUCAGGCCCUCGCUGCUGCGAUGGCUUACGCGGAAUCGGGAAUUAACAGUGAGGACGUAUUUGUGGAUCCCACCAGAGCAAAAAGAUGGGAAGUGUUGACUAAAUUUGAGAUGAACUUUAACCAUUGGUUCCAGGUCCAUCUAGACUGUGUGCAGUUCUACGCAUCAAGUGAUAAUGUCUCGUUACUUCCGUUGGUUGUCCGACUCAACAGCGUCAAAUCGGCUUGA